ACGGAGAGGCGGGGUUGUGGGGAAGCUCCGCCCUCUUUCCUUUUGAGCUGCCGCUUCCCUCAGAGCGGCGGGCGGUGGGUGAGGAAGGUGGACGUGUCUUACUCGGUGUUGCUCCUUUUCUCUUUUUUCCCCCUCAGAGCGGCGUCGGGUUGUGUCUUCCUCCGCCUUCCUCCUCCUCGCUCCUUGGCUUCGUCUUCUCCAUCCUUCCAACAUGGCGGCAGUCUCGGGGGCAGCCGGGGGCAGCGGGGCCAACCCAGCCGGGGGCCCCGAAAUGGUCCGCGGGCAGGCCUUCGACGUGGGGCCCCGCUACACCAACCUCUCCUACAUCGGCGAAGGAGCCUACGGCAUGGUCUGUUCUGCUUAUGACAAUGUCAACAAAGUUCGGGUGGCAAUAAAGAAGAUCAGCCCUUUUGAACACCAGACUUACUGCCAGAGGACUCUGCGAGAAAUCAAAAUCCUCUUGCGUUUCAAGCAUGAAAAUAUUAUUGGCAUCAAUGACAUCAUCAGAGCUCCGACAACUGAUCAAAUGAAAGAUGUAUACAUUGUGCAAGAUCUCAUGGAGACAGACCUUUACAAGCUCUUAAAGACCCAGCAUCUUAGUAAUGAUCACAUCUGUUAUUUCCUUUAUCAAAUCCUGAGAGGAUUGAAAUAUAUCCAUUCAGCCAAUGUGCUGCAUCGUGACCUCAAGCCUUCCAACUUGCUGCUGAACACAACUUGCGAUCUUAAGGUCUGUGAUUUUGGAUUGGCUCGUGUCGCAGAUCCAGAUCAUGACCACACUGGUUUCCUCACUGAGUAUGUGGCCACGCGUUGGUACCGAGCUCCCGAGAUCAUGUUGAAUUCAAAGGGCUAUACCAAAUCUAUUGAUAUCUGGUCUGUAGGCUGCAUUUUGGCAGAGAUGUUAUCCAACAGACCCAUCUUUCCAGGGAAACACUAUCUUGAUCAGCUGAACCACAUUCUGGGAAUACUUGGGUCUCCUUCUCAAGAAGACCUGAACUGUAUAAUCAAUUUGAAAGCUAGAAACUAUUUGCUUUCUCUACCGUACAAAAACAAAGUGCCGUGGAACAGGCUGUUUCCAAAUGCUGACGCCAAAGCUCUUGAUUUAUUGGACAAAAUGUUGACCUUCAACCCUCAUAAAAGAAUUGAAGUUGAAGAAGCUUUGGCCCAUCCAUAUCUAGAGCAGUAUUAUGAUCCAAGUGAUGAGCCUGUAGCAGAAGCACCUUUCAAAUUUGACAUGGAACUAGACGACUUGCCGAAGGAAAAACUUAAAGACCUUAUUUUUGAGGAAACUGCCAGAUUCCAGCCAGGAUACAGAUGCUAAAUGGCUCGUGGGAUAAAAGGAGAUAAAGCGCUGGGGGUACUCUGUGUAGCGGUCCUUUUCCUGGUCCUUUAUCUAUGGCGGGACACUGUGGCCUGUUUCAGCUUCUCCACUAACUACGUCAAGCCAUUCAGAAGGGCCAAUUUCUGCCACUCCCGGCUUCUUCGCUUUUAACGGAGUCUUUAUUUAUGCUUGAAAUUGCUCCUGAUAUUCUUGGGUGUCAUUUCCAUUACUGACCUUUCUGCAGAUCUGUCUUUCCAUAUAUGCAUCUGCUGCUGACACUGUUUGAACUGCUUCCUUUUCUGCAUUGAAAGGUGUAGUAAUUUUGUUUCCAGUGUUUACCGAGAUGGUGGCUGACCAAGAUGCUUUUGCCAGGAGCCAUUUAUUUCCUAGUUUUUUUUUAAUUAUUGGUCUUUUAAAAAAAGGAAAAGCUACAGUUUAGGGCACUUUAAGUCAGUGGCAUCUUCCCCUCUUUUGCACUUCUAGGCACAUGCAGUGGUUUUGUCACCCAGUGCAGGCCGAGAGAUUGACAGCAUAAGCCUUGCUCAUGCACUUCCUUUAUGCUUAUGAACAAGUGGAGAAUAUUUCUUAGGGCCUCUAGAAAUCCUUUGCUAACAAAAUCAUGACAAACAAAAGAGGUACUUGUGCAAUUUUAAAUCUCAAGGGUACUCUAAAUCCGAUCAUUAUAUUUACAAGAUACAGGGCACAGUCCUAAGCUUCUAGGGCUCAAUCCUACUCUAUCCAGUAGACUUACUUUAUCGCAAUUUCUUUAGGAAACCAAAGCUUGAUGGAGUGGCAACAUAGUAGUUUAGGACAGGAUCUCCAAUUCGAUCUUUUUCUUUUUGUGAAAACACCUUCAUAUGGUGUGUAUUCAUUUGCAGAAGUAACUUGUGGAUGUUGUAAACUACUGUGUGUCUUGGCUGGAUAUCAGUGAAAUGCCUGUAGUAUCUUCAUAACCUUUGCAUUUUAUGCUGAGGGCUCUGACAAAGGAAAAUUGGGACUGAUCUUUGUUCCCAUAGCAUGCUAGCCUCUCAAUAUGGUUUCUUGUGUGCUUUCAGUUCCUCUAAGUCUCUGGUACAGAACCAUUGGAGCGACUCAAUAAGGCUGACUGUGCCAUUCAAAGCUAUCCCUAAAUCACACAUCAUCCAAAUCUUUUUUUUUUUUUGGGGGGGUGGGGAACCAACCCUAUAUCACUUCAAGUAUUUGUUUCUGACAUUGCAUACAGUGGAGUUGACUAGCUGUCUUGUUCCAGUGCAGUGCCUCCUUCACUUUCCCCACUGCUCCAUGGUGAAAAUGUUGCCUUGCUAAAGAUAACUGACUGUGCCCUCGCAUGACUGUUAACAGCUUUCUGUGCAAAGAUGAUUGUCUAAGUGCCACAUGCCUACAGUUGAUGAACGUUACCUCUGAAGUGUGUUUGGGGAAAGCCUCUCUGACAAGUCAGGUAAAUAGCUUUUGUCUGUAACUUUACAUAUCUCCGCUGUGUUGCAGCGAAGGAGAGAUUGUACAAAGAUGGCUUACUAACACAAACAAAAAAAAUCAAUCCAAAUUUUAGUCUUUUAUCUUUAUAGUCACCAUUCACAUAAUUAUAUUUGUUGUAUGAAACAUUAGUUAAGAUUCAGGCUGCUGAAUAAAGGAUACUUGCUGAUGGCCGGCUCUGAUUUUAUUUCCUACUUUAAUUAGCCUAGACUGAUGCUUGACCUUUACCCAGACAUUGGCCAGUUCCCAGAUAAUAAUUAUAUAGGAUUGUAACCCCAGGCUCCAACCACCACAGUUGACUUAUACCUGCUUUCAGUGAAUCCUAACCCUAAGUGCAUUUACUCACUGAGGCAUAUUCUCUAACACAGUGGUUCUCAACCUGUGCGUCCCCAGAUGUUUUGGCCUUCAACUCCCAGAAAUCCUAACAGCAGGUAAACUGGAUGGGAUUUCUGACAGUUGUAGGCCAAAACAGAUUGAGAACCACUGCUCUAACAAAUACAUCUAGAAUUCUUACAUUAAUGAUCAGACAGGAUUAGGCUGCCACAUACAGAUGCUUACACGUUACAAAAGUCAACCUUUUUCUUGAUCAAAUCUUGAGGAAGUUUAUUGAGGCAUUGCCCGGGUGUCAGAAGGGCCAGUACCCACCUUCUUUCUCCCUUCUCCAGCUCUGAGAAGGCCUGUCUCACAAUGGUAGGCAAGCUCUCUUUGUGGCUCUGUCUUUCCUCCAUUUUUCUCAUAUACCUUUUCCCUUCUGUUCUUCCUUUCUUCACUUGCUUUUCCUUGUAUACCUUCCUUCCUUCUCUUCUAUCCUUUUCCUUCCCUUCCUUUCUCUUAUCAACUUUCUCUUUUUUCCUUCCCUUCUCCUCAUACCUUUUCCUUUCACUUCUUUACUUCUCUCCUUUUUCUUCCUCUUUCCUCCCUCUCUUCCUUCUCCCUUCUUUUCCCUCUACUUCUUUCUCUUUCUUCCCUCCCCUCAUAUUUCCCCCCUUUUCUUUUUCUUCCCUCCUCCCUUUCUUCCCUCAUCCUUCUCUCUUCUCCCCCCUCCCCCAUACAUAUCACCCGGCAACAGCCAAUCCAAUUCAUUCAGUUUCUUCCUGAUCACAUGCCAGAGGGCCACUUCACCUAGCCACAGCCAAUCUGUUUCCUUCCUUUUCUUUCCCACUUUGCUCUGGGCCCAAAAAGUGUGUUGUCUUUCAUUCAGAUCCCUCCAUUAUUUCAAUUUAGGUAAUGAAGGGUCUGUGUGCCAAGUUUCGUCCAGAUCCAUCAAGCCACACAGGAGUCUUUAAACAAAUGCAUACAUAUGUUGACUUUUAUAUAGGGAGAUUAACCUACUAAACCUGAGUUUUCACUGAACAUGUUUGCCUCCCCAGGAUGUUUUCUGUGGACUUGGAUGGUCCAUUAUACUGUUAAAAGACUUGUUAGGGACAUUGGAGUGGGACAAUGACUGCACAGACAACUCUUGGCAGAGGUCAAGAACUCUGUUUCAUCCUUGGACUGUCCUUGCGUCAAAAAUGCUUUUGGUCACAGUAUCUUCCUACGCAGCUCAGUAUCUAGGCAACAUCUCUUUCCAAAAACGCCAAGUUGGGUUUGGAUUGAAUGUUGCCCGAGGCUUUACGUGAUCAUUGCAGCCUCGACCUGAUUAGCCUCAUUAACGGCGGCAACAUAAUAGAGCAAGUUUUAUUGAGGCUGUUUUUUUAUUGUUUUGUUUAGUCUCCUCGCAUUCAUGUCCUAGAGAGUUCUCUGAGGCGUGAUGUCUGUGCAAACAGACGGCGGUUCGCAAUGCUUUAUGAAAUCACUGGAUGGGAUUGAGCUCAGAUUUUCACAUUUGGUAGGUUUUUCAUUUUGGCAGAACAGGAGAUCAUUUCAAAGGUAAUACUUAUAAAAUGUUUAAUUAACAUAAGGGCUUCCUUUUCCUUAGCACUUUUGUCUACCUUUAUGCAACUAUUCUUGAUAUGAUUUCAAAGACAAUUUUGAAGUAAUGGCUAUCAGUGUUAGAACCCUAAAGUUGGAAUAGACCCAAGGGCUAUCCAGUCCAACCCCAUCCUGCCAUCCAGGAACACAUAAUCAAAGCACUCCCAACAGAUGGCCAUCCAGCCUCUGUUUCAAAAUCUCCAGAGAAAGGAGACCACCAAUGUGGCAUGCAAUUAUAUUGCAUCUUAAUCUGAGAAUGUCCUGUGUUGGGACUGUGAAUUGAAUGGAUCAUGUGCAGAGUUACUAGUCACUAUUCUUGGGAUGACUUCUCCUUUAGCUUUUGAGACAAUCCCUAUCGUAUUAUUCAUUCAGGUCAACUUGGUGCACCUCCUCCACUGAAUUCCCAUAAUCUGUAAGCGUUAUAAGAUGACAAAACAUUCCAGCCUUAAACAGAAGAUCCUCCAAUGUAUAGCAGUGUAAGUAACUUUCCUGAUUUUGUUGCACUGAGCUUUGCUUUUGAAGCCCAUUUUUUCCCCCUCAAGCUACUCAUAAGAAGCCUUGCAAUGCAUGUUUCUAGGAAAUCAUUAUAUUUAAAUACCCAGGUGAGCUGGUCAUUGACUCUAAUAAAGUGAACUUGAACUUGAAUACCCAGGUGAGACUUGAGAGCUCCAAGGGGAUUUUGGCAAGUGGAUGCUGGUGGUAUCAGCUAUAGAAUAUUUAAAUCCUAGCAUAUAUUCUUGGCGACGCCUGUCAUUGGGAUGUCUGCUACUUUCUCCCUUCAGCUCUGAGAAGGACCACCUCGCAAUGUCUCCAUGGCAAAGUUCCUCCCCUCCUUUUUCUUUCUUCCCCCCUUUAUUUUCCCUUCCUUUCUCUCUCUUUCUUUCUUUCUUUCUUUCUUUCUUUCUUUCUUUCUUUCUUUCUUUCUUCCCUCCCUCAUACACAUGUCACCUAUCAGCAGCCAAUCCGCUUCACCUCCCUUCUUCCCCAGUGACAUCACAGAGGGACACCACCUUGCCAUAGCCAAUCCUUCCCCUAGUCAAUGCCAAUCUGCUUGGUUCCUUUCCUUUCCUCCUGCUCUGAGUCUGAAAGGGGUAGUUCUUUUAGUUCAGAUCCCUCAAUUAUAUUAAAUUGGAUCAGGAAGGGUCUGUGUGCCAAGUUUGGUCCAGAUCUGUGGGUGAGCCUUCAUGGGACAAACAUCCAAACAACAAACAUACACACAUACUUUGGCAUAUAGGUAGGUAGGUAGGUAGGUAAUACUUGCUUUAUGAAGAUUGAAAUCUUUGGUUUUUCUGCCCUAGUGUACUUGCAUAGGACUUGCAAUGAUUUUCCAACAUGGUUAGCAGGGAGCUCCUUCUAAAGCGGAGGUGGCAACUUCAGACCUGAUGCCAUAUCAGUAACCCAUAACACAUACCCACCCCUUGCCAUCUCCUGUGCAGUGGCAUAUUUAUAAUGUCCUAACCAAGCAAUGCCAGUGAGGGUUUCCAAUUCUGGAGCAUCAACUGGUUUGUGUACAUUCGACAGGAUUACUCCAGCGAUGGAUACCUUAUUUCUUCUAUUCUAAGUUGCCUACUCAUUUCAGUUACUACCAAUUUGGGGGGGGGGGGAGCUUUCUUUAUAUAUAAGAAUUCUAAGGCACACUCCAUUUUUAGAGAUGCUUAUAUGCGGGGAAAUGUAUGCCUUAAAAUCAAAGCAACAGAGCACAUCUGUUUUUAAAGUAAUGUGGCAUACCUACAUGCACUGUUUUAGACCCUUGCAUUGUAUUUCUAUGUUUUUAAAGCAAAAUUUUGAAAUUGUCCCAGGUUUGCUGGGAAAAUAUGUUUGUAGCUGUCUGUAGUUUGGCGCCCAAGAAAAUCCUUUUUCACACAACUUUGAAAUAAUUUCUGCUUUAACUGAAAAAAACACUAAAAGGCCCUGCUGCGAUUGGAGUUCUUCCAAGUGCCCCUUAGUAAUUGUCCAUCUUUGUAACCGAUGUUACUGCCUCCGAUAUAUAAUCAGAGCUUGAAACAGUAUCCUGGGAGAAAUACAACAACCGAAGGGACCUUUGGAUCCCCAAAAUCAACUCUGUAAGACAGCAGAAGGCUUACUUAAUCUUGUUGCCUUUUCUUGUGGUGUUUCGGUGUAGAGCACUCCUACGAAAAUACUGUUUUGCUUUUGUAUUUGCUUUGUACUGUUGGUGCCUUAGUCAUGUCCCCUUGACCUCCUCCCACACAGCUGAUUUUCAUUCAUGAUAAGAUUCAACCCUAAGACAAAAAGAGUUUUCUAAAGAUUUCCCCCCCCCCCCGUAUCAUUACAUUAUUAACAACUAAAAUGUUUAUAUUGUGUGAUUUUGAUUCUGAUGAGAUGUAUAGAAUGAUUGUAAGUAGAGAAGAUUUAUAUUUCAUUUUAAUUCUGUUGAUGUAAACGUACAGGUUUUUUUUAAAUGACAACUUAAAUGUCUUGUUGAUACAUGCUAUCUUGAUUCUUGUAUAAAGCCAAUGUGAAGAAAUCAUUAAAAAUUGUGAUCCUGGGUUACCAAAGCAA